AAGACAACCCUUCAGAGGUCACGUCGCAUGAUAUGGCGCUUGCUAGAAGAACUAUCAGGCUUUGUUAGAUCUCCUAUUCAAAGAAAGUCACGGGGAAUGAUCAGGUCGAGGCCCGUCAUGGCGUUGUACCACCAACCAUGGCCGCCGUGCGCCAUACCAGCUGCACGUCUUGAUCUUACAUGUCCUAUCGAGGAAGAGAAGACUCCAAACUACAGUCCGGAGAGGUUUUAUCCUAUUAGGUUGGGGCAGCUUCUGAAUGGUAGAUAUCAGGUGGCGACCAAGCUGGGAUAUGGGACCAAUUCGACCGUUUGGCUUGCUCGAGAUCUCAACCGAUGGAAGUGGUCCGCAGAGAAGUAUGUUGCGAUCAAAGUCAAGACAACCAAGAGCUCGAACAGAGGACGUUCUGCAGAAAAUGAAAUCAAGAUCCUCCAGCAUAUCAACCAAACGAAUCCUAAGCACCGCGGAUGGCACUUCAUUCGAAAACUCACAGACACUUUUAACCUCGACAGUCCAUAUGGCAGCCACCCAUGCCUCGUGUUGGAGCCUCUGCGUGAGCCGCUUUGGCUAUAUUGCUCCAGAUACAUUGGUGGCGUCAUCCCUCCAGACAUUCUAAAGAUUCUCCUCCAAAUGAUACUUCUUGGGCUCGACUACCUUCACACUGAGUGUCAUACAAUUCAUGCUGAUCUUAAACCCGACAACAUCAUGAUAAGAAUCGAAGACCCCAAGAUGUUUGAAAAAGAUGCAACCGACGAGUACAACAACCCAUUGCCAGAGAAGCAAUUAGACGACCGCACCAUUUACCUGUCUCGAAAUAACUACGGACCGCUUACUCAACCAACGGGUAUCAUACAGCUUGUUGAUUUUGAUCUUGCUGUCCGUUCAAUGCCUGGAAAGUUGUACUACGGCGCGAUUCAAGGAGAGAAAUACCGAGCACCAGAAGUCAUCCUCAACUCUGGGUACAGCUACUCCGCGGACAUCUGGAGCCUUGGGGUAAUGCUUUGGGAUUUACUUGAAAAGAAAAGCCUCUUUAGCCCUUUGACUCUUGGGGACGGGACGGCACACGAUGACUUGACCCAUUUGGCACAGAUCGGCGCACUACUCGGCCCUACCCCCCACGACCUCGUAAACAAAGGGAGGAGAUCGGCCUUGUUUUACCAGGAAAGCGGAGAAUUAAAAAGGCCGAGCCGUGUGCCCAGGAAUUCCAACCUUGAUAGUACACUCACAUGUAUGUCUGGCGAGGAAAAAACGCGAUUCAUCCGAUUUGUCAAGAGAAUGAUCACCUGGCGCCCUGAAGAUCGAAGUACAGCCAAAGAGCUCCUGGGCGAUCCAUGGCUCUACAAAGACUUUCCCCAAGAUGGUACUGUUGAGGGUAAUGGAUAUGGGAAUAGCAUUGAGUCAAAUUAGCAAGAGGCACAGUCAAAGCAAUGGCAUCACAAAUACACCAAAUCUGUACAUCAUUCGUUCGUUUAGCAUUGGAAGAGUCUCUACUGCUAACAUAUCGCUGCCCUCUGUCCUUUAUGUACUUUGCUCUCAUCAUCAUCAUACCGCCUCCUACUCGACGGCACAACAGCAGAUGGAUGCACGGCCCCCAUAGAAGCCGGUAUCCCCACAUACGCUGGGAUAUCCUCGCUCAGCUCGGGAAAGUGCUGGAAAAAGUCCGUCGACAUGGUCCAGGCGUUGAUGUCGCGGAUGCGCUGCUCGAACAGUGGCGAUAUGUGGUAUUUGCCCGUGUGCGCGUUGUGGUAGAAUGUGUCCUGGAAGGUGUCCGUCCAGAGGAUCUUUAGGUUGGAUUGGAGAAGCUCCCAGAAGGAGUUGUUGCAGUAUUGGUGUUGGGAGAAGAUGAGGCGCUCGCGGAGACCGGGCCUGCGGGUGGGGUUAGUUUUUGUGGUGGUGAGGCGGGUUCAAUUGAAUUGAGUUGGGACUUACCAGACGAAAAAGUCAAUGCCGUAUGAAUGCGGUAGCGCUUGCGAUGGUCUGUGAAUUUGUUAGCUUUUUUGGUCCAUUCGCGUGGAGGAUUAAUUGGCUUGUCGCACCUAUUCCAGUACCAUCGCGGUAAAGUCGCGCGUCUCUCUAUUGUAGGAUCGCCGUGAUACGUGAUCAAAAGAUGGCAUAUCCUCAAGACAGCCAAACGCUCUGUUUCUGCGCAAUUUGAAAAGCACAGCUCAUCCGCCCUUCGCAGCUUGCGCCACGUCGGCGUCAUCUUGCCCGCGCGCUCGACGCUAUCCCAGCCCUCGACCACGGCGCGCACGGGUAUGUCCUCCGCGUUGUACUCCUCGAUCGCGAUCUCCUCAGCCGAGAGCUUUGUGGGCUUGACGAGGACCUCGUUUAUGGCGCGCCAGAUGUUGGGCUUGACGUCGUGGUAGCCAGAGGCGCAGCUCGUCGGACUGGAGCAGUGGCAGAGCACGGGGGCCUUGGGGAUGAUGACGUCGUCCUCUUCGGGUGUUGGGGGAAGGUUUGGGAGGAGAGGCUGGAUGGGGAUGAAGCCGUUGCCGGCGGGAGGGAGGAUCGAGUUGUCGAAGGCCAUCGAGGUUGGGUAGUGCUCUGUCGUCACGGCGUAGUUCCAGCCGUCAUAGGAGAAGGGGUCGUGCGGGGGAGCAUGGUUGUGGUUGAUGGGGAGUUCUAGUAUUGUAGAGUUGCUUGUUUCUGAGGUUGCUCUUUGGGUCAUGAUUGGGACUAUUCGUUCGUUUGGUGUUGAUUGCGACUGUGAUUGUGAUUGUGAUUGUCCAGCAUAGGCUGGCGACUCGG